AUGGAGUCAGUUCAGUCAUAUCGUCUGCUCCAGGUCGCAGAGAUCACUGUGGUCUUCCUUCUACUUUCCAAUUUUCAUGCAACUCUCUCCAAACGAGUGUUGCUAGUACCAUGCCCUGUGGGCAGUCACAUCUUACAAGCUAACUCCAUUGCUGAUGGUCUUCUUGCCCGUGGUCAUGAAGUGUCAGCCAUCUGGAACGUUAGAGGAAAAUCCAAGGAGAGCGUCAUGAACCCGAAGGUGUCCUUGUUGCGCUAUGACACAGGCCAUAUUCCAGUCUUUGCAGAUCCAGACUACGAACGAAAACUUCUUUCGAUGGAGUUGGAGGGAGUAGACGCUUUUCCGAUUUUGGAGGAACUGUCUGAGAGGGACAUCAGUGAAUGCAAAAGGAUGCUUGGGAAUAAGCAGUUGGAAGAUGCCGUUAUGAAAGGGAUGUUCGACUUUGUUGUUGUGGAUGGGAUAUACCGUUGUUUGGUGAUUUUCCCCGAUCGUAUGAAAGUGCCUUUUGCAAUAUACAUGUCAUUCUUACCAGCAGACAUGCCACAUGCUGCCCUUCAGGGGCCACUGUUAGUCCACAGUCCUUUUGAUAACAUGUUCACAGACUGGGAAGAUUCCUUCUACACUAAACUUAUUAGAGUAGGCGUGACAUUUCUGUUUUCGGAGCCUGAUGUGUAUGGUGAGUUUUCUAACAGGACUACUUCAGAUAUAAUAAAGAAUUUUUCCCUAUGGUUGUACGAUGUCAGCAGUGUAUUUGAAACUCCACUGCCUGUCUCUCCAAAUGUCAUCCAUGUCGGUGGUUUGAACACACGUGUUCCAAAGCCCUUGGAAGAUGGCGAACUGAAGCAUUUCAUGGACUCUUCAAGGAAUGGUGUCAUCAUUGUGUCAUUUGGAAGUUUUGUGCAUUAUUUUCCCGAUUGGCUGACUAAUAUACUGAUCGACACCUUCAGUGGUCUUCCCUACGACAUAGUCUGGAAGUUGAAUAAAGACUCCAUAACAUCCGGACAAUCGUUAUCCAAGAAUGUAUUCGCGAUUGAUUGGAUACCUCAAAAUGACAUCUUAGGUCACCCCAAUACAAAACUCUUCAUCACCCAUUGUGGCAACAGUGGACAACAUGAGGCUUUGUACAAUCAAGUACCCAUGUUAGGAAUACCUCUGUUUGGCGACCAGGUAUUCAAUGCAAAAAGAUUAGAAUGGCUCCGCUUUGGUCUGUAUUUGAGACCAAGAGACCUCAGUAAAGACAAGUUAUCUGCUAAAAUCAAUGACAUCCUUACGAACAAGACUAUUUCGGAAGGCAUUUCAAAAGCUUCCCAUAUCUUUCACGACCAGCUGAUGCCACCAAAGGAAACUGCUGCCUACUGGAUUGAGCAUGUGAUGCAGCAUGGUGCUGGACACCUCAAAAGCGCCACCAAUGAGUUGUCAUGGUUUCAGAUACUUAUGUUUGAUGUCCUGUUAGUGAUGUGUUUAACAGUGUUCCUCACCGCUAAUGUAUUAUAUUGUUUUUGCCGGUGUUUUUUAAUCAGAUGCUACCGUCAAGGUGCCAAAAAUAAACUAAAGACGUCUUAG